CCGGAAAACAAAAAAGGAUGAAUGACGUAAUUGAACGUGAUCGUGUUUGUGCACGACCAUGGACGUGGUGAGGGCCAAGGUGGCAGCCACGCCGACCCCUGCAAGCGUCGAGGAGAGUCGUGAUAAUCGUAUUCAGCGCCUCAAAUCGCGUUUUCGCGACCGUGGUGGGAUUUUUCAGCCAACGGGUGAAAACAAGCUUGUGAGUCUCUUGCUCGCACAUCGGACACUGCAACAGAGACGGUCGAGGUCAAGGAGUCUUUCCCCGGUGAAGACGAGCAAAGUGGUGAAAGGGAAGAAGGCAAAGAAGCAGGCCGAGGACGAAUCGGUUACAGGUCCGUCGACUGUCAAAGGCAAAUCAAAGACGAAGGCCAAACCGAAACCGAAAACCGAGACUCGGGCUAAACGUCGAGGACGACCAGCCAAGGCUUCCGUUGAUGAACCUCCACCUGCAAAGCCGAAUGCAAAGACGCCUAGGAGUCAUACAUCCACUGCCGCGCCCCCACCAGAUAAUGACAGCGAGGACGUACCGCUUUCGAAGGCCGUGUCCAGGAAACCGCAUACAACCAGACCGCCUCCCAUGACGCCCAUUCAAGAGGCUGAUGAGGAAGAGGACGCAGACGCAGAUGCCGGUGUGGUUGUAUUCAAGGGAAAGUCGAAGGCCCUGUCUACUUCUUCAUAUAAAGCACGGACGCCUUCCAAGGCGCGAACAGCGUCGAAGGUGAAGUACGUGGAUGCCGAUGAGGACGCUGCUGUUGACAUGCCACUAAAGGGUUCCAGGGCGGGAUCCUCAAAAUUGAAGGCUAAGGUCAAGGUCAAACCUAAGGCAGUAGAGGAGCUGGAAGUUGCUAUAAAAACAUCCGCCGUUCUGUCAGCGGAAAAUUCGGGCAGCGUCGCAGCGUCUUCAAAGUUAGGAGGCAAAUCCAAAACCGUGAAGAACGUCGACCAAGGGUCGAUAGAUGCUCCCGCUGAACAGCUAGGCAAACCUGAGACAUCCCAAGCUGCCAAACUCGGUGACAGCUCUUCAAAGUCAAAGGCCAAGGCUAGAGCUGUGGGAGACGUAGAAGUCUCCGCUCGUAAGCCAGCCAAAGCUUCGACGAAAGUCCGGAAGGCGAAGGGCGACAAUGAAGCCCAACCUGUUUUGACAACGUCGUCAUUGAAGUUGAAGAGUGAUGACCAGGCUCGUGCGGAGAAACCACCACCUAAGGCGAAGCGGCCGCGUGCAGACGAGGACGGGGAAGUAGGUGGAGACGUUGGGAAGAAGCCGAGAGUUGAGGAGCUACCAGAAAAAAAGGUAGCGACGAAGAAACGCAAGGUAAAAGAGGUUUUAGACGAAGUCAACGUCGUCGAGAAAGUGAUAAAACGGAGCAAGACUUCAAAAUCUCUGGUAGUUCAAGACGAUGGAGAAAAUGUCAAGGUAGCUCCCAAUAAACGCACACCCAAGCUCAAGAAGAACGUACAAAGGGCACCUAAGAGACCGACGGUCAAAAAGGGUCCUCGAAAAAGUGUCGUGGCGCGGCUGCAUGAUCCCGUACCUCUCGUCGAAGACGGCGAACGAGAUCCCAUUGAUUUUCUGUCAUGAUCUAUAUUUGACAUAUAUCUGUUCUUAUCACCUUGUAAUGC